AUGCUAGCAGUGAAAAACUUCAACUACUGGACGCCACAGAGUGAUGCAUUCGUUGCAGACAGAAACAUUGACACCCGCGGGUCAAGGCUGCGCAAAGCGCAACAUCAUGAAAAGAUGCGGAGAAAUUCGAUGUCAGGGGAGAGGAUCCACUCCUAG